AUGGAGUUUUCAUCCAAAUCAUUAAAUGUGAAUAAUAAUAAAAAUAAUAAUAAUAAUAAUAAUAUUCAUCAACUUGAAUAUGGUGAGCUUCCAUUCUCCAGAAAUCCUAAUACUACCACAACCACUACCACUACUUCUUCAAUGAAUUAUAAUAAUAAUAAUAAUAAUUAUAAUAAUAAUAAUAAUAACUAUGAUAAUUAUUAUAAUCACCACAAUACUAAUAAUAAUGGUAUUAACUUUCAUAGUAGAAAUUUACAACCAUCAAUUCAACAAAUUAUUCAGCAACAAGUUCAACAACAAGUUCAACAACAAGUUCAACAAGCAUUACAACAAACUUCAUUACAACACCAAUACCAACAACAACAACAACAACAUCAUCAUCAACAACAACAACAACAACAACAACAACAACAACAACAACAACAACAACAACAACAACAUCAACAUCAAUCUCAAAAUUCAAUUGAACAAAUUAAAUAUGAUUGGUUAAAAACUGUUGCAUCUAUAUUACCCUCAAUAGAAUUAUCCGUUGCAAUCAAAGCAACCAAUGAUUUUGAUAACAUUGAUGAUUUAGUUCAAUACUUAAUGAAUUACACUGCAACAAAAGAUGAUAAUGAAAUCUCAAUCAAUAAUAAUAAUAUCAAUAAUAAUAACUAUAAUAAUAUCAAUAGUAAUAGUAAUAGUAAUAGUAAUAGUUAUAGUAAUAGUUAUAGUAAUAGCAAUGGCAAUGGCAAUGGCAAUACAAACACAAACACAAAUAUAAAUAUAGAUAAUACUAAUAAGGUAAAUGAUGAACCAAUUAAAACUACUACCACUACCUCAACAACUACUACUACUACUACUACAAAACCACCAACUGCAAAUAUAAAGGGUCAAUUAGAUGAUGAACAAAGAGAAAUCGUAAGAUUAUUAGAUGAAGAAAUGAAAUUAGAAAAAGAAAGAUUAAUGUUAAAAGAACAACAAGAAAAAGAAUCAAUGGCUUUUAUUUUAUCAGAAUUUAAAGAUGAUAUUGAUGUUGAUAAAAAUAAUGAAAAUAAUAAUAAAAAUGAUUCAGAAUAUAUUAAAAGAUUAUUAGAGCAAGAACAAAAUGAAUUAGAAAGAAAAAGAAGAGAUGAAGAAUUUAAGGAGAAGGUAAUGUUAAAUAGAUACUUGGAAGAAGAGAAAAUUAAAAAGGAUUUAGAAUUGGAGAAUAAGAGAUACGCUUGUGAGAUUUGUUUUAGUGAUGAUCUUAAAAUUGACCAAAUGUAUACAUUAGAUGAUUGUCAUCAUCGUUUCUGUAAAGAAUGUCUUUCUCAACAUUUCAAGAGUAAAAUAUUUGAUGGUGAUUGUAAAUCAAUUCAAUGUCCAGAUACAAAAUGUCGUAGAUUGGUUAAUUAUCAAGAGAUUAAACAUAAUGUCGACAAGAUAACAAUGGCAAAAUAUGAAGAUUUCUUAUUAAAAACCACUUUGGAAGAAGAUCCAAAUUCUAGAUUUUGUCCACGUCCAAAUUGUAAUAACGCUAUGAUUGGUGACUCUGAUACUGUAACUAUGAUCAUUUGUACAAAUGAAUCUUGUAGAUAUACUUUUUGCUUUAAUUGUAAAUCAGAAUGGCAUAAAGAUAUGACUUGUAAACAAUGGAGCGAAUUCAAAGUUUUAAAAGAGACAUCAAACCAAAGAUUCGAAGAAUGGGCAAGAGAAAACACUAAACCUUGUCCAAAAUGUAAAUCAAAGAUUGAAAAAGAUGGUGGUUGUAAUCAUAUGACCUGUAAAUUAUGCAAACAUCAAUUUUGUUGGUUAUGUUUGGAUGUAUAUACUAAAACUCAUUUUAGUGGUGGAAAAUGUAAACAAAACUCUUAA